AUGGACCCCCGACUCAGCCCCCCCCAAACCCGGCUGCGGAAAAGGCGGAAGAGAGCCGUUUGGAAGCCAAAGAGAUGUCCACCAGCGGCUGUCCCCGACCUACAGCUCCACCACUGCAACAUCUGCGGGAAGGACAUCAAGCACCAGUCCAAUUUCCGGGAGCACCAGCGCAUCCACACGGGCGAGCGCCCGUACCAGUGCAAGCGUUGCCAGAAGACCUUCGUCCGGGGCGCCGACCUCAUUAAGCACCGCCUGGUGCACUCGGCCAUCCGGCCUUUUCGCUGCCGGAUCUGCGGGAAACGGUUCAAGCUGCAGGCCGACCUGGACAAGCACGGCAAGGUGCAUUCGGACGAGGCCCCCUUCCCCUGCCACCUGUGUCCCAAGCGGUUCAAGCGUACCUCCUGCCUGGUGAAGCACCUGCGGAUCCACACUCAGGAGAAGCCCUUUGCCUGCUCCCACUGCAGCCGGCGCUUCAAGUGGGAAGCCUCGGUCAAAGAGCACGAGCGGGUCCACACGGGCGAGCGUCCCCACCACUGCGACCAGUGUCCCAAGACCUUCACCCACCGCUCCACCUUCCUGCAGCACCAGCGCACCCAUCAGAAGUACCCCGCCUUCAGCUGCAAGCACUGCGCCAGGUCUUUCAAUCACAAAUCCAACCUCCUGAAACACGUCCGUCGGUUGCACUCUUAG